GUUCAACACUAUUCAUGGUCCCAUCAAAAAUAUAAUAAAAAAUUCUAGUGAAUUCCAAGUGGGGGUUCACUAAUGGACAUGCUCUAAUAAUGUUGAGAAAAAGAAAAAAAAACGAUGAUUUAAUUACAUUAACGUGUCUUCUUCACUAAAAUGUCUCCGUCACUCACCAGAGGUUAAACUCACUCUAAUUAUCGGGGGGAAGCAAGAACCUCACCGACGAAAAAAUCCCCGAUCUCAGAAAAAAAAAACUGACUCGUAAAGGUGAAGCUUAUCGUUAGAAAUGGCGGUAGCCUUCCGUGUAGGCCGGAACGGCAUCGGAUCAGGACUCCGCAAUUUCUUCACGUACCGGAUCUUCAUCUCCGCCUUGCUCUCUUUCCUCUUCCUUGCCACUUUCUCCGUCUUCCUAAACUCCUCUCGUCACCACCAGCCUCAUCUCCAUCACGUAUAACCUUUAUAUCACAAUUUCAAAUAAAAAAUUUAAGAAAGUUACGACACACAGCUCAAAAUCCAGAAACUUAAAGAUACAAUCUUCGCUGUUCAAGAACAGUUGACAAAAGCUAAGAAAAACGGCGCCGUUGCGAGUUUGAUAUCAGUUAAGUCUGUUCCGAAGAAUUUGAAUUGUUUAGCUAUGAGGCUUGUUGGUGAGAGGAUCUCUAAUCCUGAGAAGUAUAAGGAUGAUGAAGAUAGUGAUGCUACUACGUUUUACUCGGAUCCGAGUCUUUAUCACUACGCGGUUUUCUCUGACAAUGUGAUCGCUGCUUCCGUUGUUGUGAGAUCUGUUGUGAUGAACGCUGAGGAGCCGAGGAAGCAUGUGUUUCACGUGGUGACUGAUAGGAUGAAUCUCGCGGCUAUGAAGGUUUGGUUUAAGAUGCGUCCUUUGGAACGUGGUGGACAUGUUGAGAUUAAGUCUGUUGAGGAGUUUAAGUUUUUGAACGCGUCUUAUGCGCCCGUGUUGAGGCAGCUUGAGUCUGCUAAGUUGCAGAAGUUUUACUUUGAGAAUCACGCGGAGAACGCGAAUAACAUCAAGUUCAAGAAUCCGAAGUAUCUCUCGGUGUUGAACCAUCUGAGGUUUUAUUUACCGGAGAUGUAUCCGAAGCUGGAUAAGAUGUUGUUCUUAGACGAUGAUGUUGUGGUGCAGAAAGAUGUGACGGGGUUAUGGAAGAUUAAUUUAGAUGGGAAAGUGAAUGGAGCUGUUGAGACGUGUUUUGGGUCUUUUCAUCGGUAUGGUCAAUACUUAAAUUUCUCUCAUCCUUUGAUUAAAGAGAGUUUAAACCCUAAUGCUUGUGCUUGGGCCUUUGGGAUGAAUAUAUUUGAUCUCAAUGCUUGGAGGCGUGAGAAAUGCACUGAUCAGUACCAUUAUUGGCAGAACUUGAAUGAAGACAGAACACUGUGGAAAUUAGGUACUCUGCCUCCGGGACUGAUCACGUUCUACUCAAAGACGAAAUCACUGGACAAGUCAUGGCAUGUGCUAGGGUUAGGUUACAACCCGGGAGUGAGCAUGGACGAGAUUAAAAAAGCAGCAGUGAUACAUUACAAUGGGAACAUGAAACCAUGGCUAGACAUUGCUAUGAACCAAUACAAGUCUCUCUGGACUAAAUAUGUCGAUAACGAAAUGGAGUUUGUGCAGAUGUGCAAUUUUGGUCUUUAGAAAGAGAGAGAUAAACAAAAACUGAAGAAUGAAAGAUAUCGUUAGAGAGGUAACCUCAGAGUCGAUAUGUGUUCAGCCUUGCAGGACAUUCUUAACUGAUACGUUUUAUCUUUUAUAUAUAUAGGGUUACAAAGUGUUUCGCUAGUUCGUUCUGAUAUGCAGUUGUCUUAUUUAUAUUUUGUGUAACUCUAUAACAGCAAAAGCUUUAUCCAAAACAAAUGUCUCUC